CAGCCAACGGCCCUAUAAAAAUUGCUUUUUGUGGGGCUGUCAGCUCAGUCAGCGGCUCAUUCAUCACUUUCCGACGCGCUCCAGUAGAUCUAGUAGAACUUUUUAUCAACCCGACAGUAUUACGCGUCCCCCCGAAAUUCCCCCGCUUCAGUACACCCCAUUUCAUACCACGAAAAAAACGAUAAGCAACAAGUGUUCCGGAGAGAUUCCCUUGAAACAGAACUCAAAACUCCAUUGAAAGUUGCUUUCAGUUGAUUUGUUUACCUGCGCAAUCUGUGCCCAAGAACGUGGCAUAUUUCCAACUGCGAGUAAACAAUUAAAAAACUUGUUUUCCCCGCACACGCGAAUAAAUCUUGGGAACAACAGACAAUAGCAUACCAGCCGGUGACGAGUACGGAGGAGGCCUGAAACCAAGAUGAUUCCCGGCUAUGGACCCGUGACGCAGGCCCUGCUGGGCACCCUGCUAACCUGGGGACUCACUGCCGCCGGCGCAGCCUUGGUGAUCUUCGUCCGGGGCAACCAACGGAGGUCACUGGACGCCGCCCUCGGAUUCGCAGCGGGCGUUAUGAUAGCAGCCUCCUUUUGGUCACUCCUUAAGCCCGCCAUUGAAAUGGCCGAGAGUUCCCACUUGUAUGGAGUGUAUGCCUUUGUGCCCGUGGCUGGAGGCUUCCUCCUGGGAUCCAUCUUCGUCUACGGCUGCGACAAGCUGAUGUCCUACCUGGGCCUCAACAGCACCAACAUGAUGAUCCAGAUGACACAGUCGAAGGACAAGGCGGACAUAGCUAUUGAGGACUCCAAACGCAACGGAGGAGCCUCCGACAGGUUGGCCUCCAAGAGCCUGGACAGCUUCUCGGACUGCCUGAGUGUCCAGCACAGCGGGGAGUCGAGGCGCCGCAAGAAGGGCGGCAGCAUCAACGAGAUGGAGCAGUGCACCUACACCACGCCCGAGGAGCAGCAGCGCGCCGAGGAGGCCCUCUCCCAGUGGAAGAGGAUUAUGCUCCUGGUGGUGGCCAUCACGGUGCACAACAUUCCCGAAGGACUGGCCGUGGGCGUGAGCUUUGGAGCGAUUGGCACCACGAAUUCGUCGACAUUCGAGAGUGCCCGCAAUCUGGCCAUUGGCAUUGGCAUUCAGAAUUUCCCCGAGGGAUUGGCCGUCAGUCUGCCCCUGCAUGCCGCUGGAUUCAGCGUGAAGAGGGCUCUUUGGUACGGACAACUGUCCGGAAUGGUGGAGCCCAUUUUUGGCGUGCUGGGCGCCGUGGCAGUGACCUUUGCCAACCUGAUCCUGCCCUACGCUCUGUCCUUUGCGGCCGGAGCCAUGAUCUACAUCGUUUCGGAUGACAUUCUGCCCGAGGCCCAUGCCAGUGGCAAUGGAACGAUCGCCACGUGGGGCACUGUGUCCGGAUUCCUGAUCAUGAUGUGCCUGGAGGUGGCGCUGUCGUGAGGAGCCACCGCAGGCCUGCCUUCGCCCGCCUCGCAGAACCUAUAAGCUAGUGUAAAACUCAAAGAUUCCAUUGUACUUAACGCGAACUUCUUACUUCUGCUGGCAUGUAAAUAGAAGCGGGCUUUGUACAAAUCUCAGAACCAGCCCCAAACGAGAAUCUAAUAAUCUAACGUAGAGUCUAAGUUUUUUGUAGUAAAAAACACUUGACAACUGGCGAUGCCGCGAUGGCAUCCGUAAUUGUGCAAUUGUGUCUGUGCAAUGUACUGCAUUCCCAGCGAGUUAUGUAAAUGAACCCCGUUCUCGGAAAGAUUGUAAACAAACGUGCAUGUGAAAUAGGUUUUAAGUUGUCACCGGCGUCCAGUGGCUUGUGUCUUUUUAAACUGUCUAAUGUUUAAGCAAUAAAUUGAAGCGCAUUCAAAUGAG